AUGGCGUUGGGGUUACCUUUGAAAUUGCGUGGAGACGCGGAACACGGAAGUGGCAUCAUGCUUUCACGUGCAGGAGUGCCGCUGCCAACACACGUCCAGUCCAGUCCAGUACAAUCGGUGCGUGCAGCGGAGCGGGAGCGACGACAUGGCCAAGCUCCGCCUCUUGGUGUGCGCCGUCUCGCUUCUCCUCGUUCUGGUCUCGUCGCCGGGCCCGGUCCUGGCGUCGACCUCUCCACCCGCUUCAGCCUCGGCGACUCGUACGCGGACACCGGCAACGGCCCCGUCGUCUUCGGCUGGCGCUCCAUCGCCAACCCCGUCAUGCGCGCGCCCUACGGCUCCACCUUCUUCGGCCGCCCCACCGGCCGCAACUGCGACGGCCGCCUCCCCAUCGACUUCCUCGGGGCCAACGACUACCUCCUCUCCUUGGCCGCCAAGAGCGUUGACUUAAGUCAGAUCAGGCUGAUCCGGCACGGGGCGACGACGCUGGUGGUCCCCGGCGUGAUCCCGGUGGGGUGCGCGCCGCCGGUGCUCGUCACGUUCGCCGACCCCGACCCAGCAGGCUACGACCCCCGGACGGGCUGCCUGGAAGCGAUCAACGACCUCGCCGCCCACCACAACGCGCUGCUCCAGGACGCCCUGCGCGAGCUCCAGGCCAAGCAGCACCCGGCCGGCGCCGUCACCGUCGUCUACGCCGACUUCUUCGGACCCGUCAUCGAGAUGGUCACGUCGCCGGCUAAGUUCGGGUUCGAAGACGAUGUUCUUACACUCUGCUGUGGAGGCCCGGGGAGGUUCAACUACAACAAGAAGGUUUUCUGCGGCGAUCCGGGGGCGAUCAGGUGCAGGGAUCCAUCUGCCCGGCUGUUCUGGGACGGCGUCCACCUGACGGAGGCCGCCUACCGGUACAUCGCCGCCGGCUGGCUGAACAGCAUAGAGUCGCCGGCGGGAAGCAGUGCCGGUGCUGGUACCAACGGGACGACGGCUCCAACUGCAACCUUGGAGUUCCCGUGCUAAAAUUAACGAGCGUUGAAAGCAACCGAAAGCAUAAAGCUAAGGCAUGAAUGGCGAGUGAUAGAGAGUGACUCCGAAUGUAAGGAAGUUCAUGGCUGCAUUGGUGCCCCUUGGCUUGUUGCUUUGAUUGAGUCACCAGAUCUAAGUCUGGGACGACAAUAUGGAAAGUUGAGGGAUUGAGGCAAUGCUUGUGA